GAGGUGUAGGAGUAGGGUCCUGCAUUACUGGCCCUGCUUACAGAACUUUUUACAUAUUUUAUACAAUGACUCUAUUAUAAAAUAUGUAACUGGUCCAGGGAGUAGGAACUAGAACCCAGCCCCCAACCCAGGAGGAGAGAAUCCCAACAAGCAGGCUACAAAAUUGCACUACCCUUUUUCUGGCUACAAGAAUCUUGGAUUCUUUGCUGCAUGGAGGCACAUCUUCAACAGGUAGAGAGCAGACAGUGUCUCAACGUAGUACAGCGUGGUAAUAAGGGUACUCUUCUAGGAGGCGGGCCAUUGAUUGAGGCCCUUCAAACUUUGGAAGUACCUGAAUGUCUUCCAUUUUUUAGCUGAAUGCCAUAACCUUUAGGAGGGACCAAUACCAACACCAUUUAAAGUGACCAUAAACAAUUUUUUUUGCAAACCCAAUCCAUCUGAUACCUAUCAAUCUACUGUGAAUGUACCUACAGACAUCUUGGGCAAUGUAGGUUGCCUAUCUUUGAAUCCUGGAUUGCCUAGUCUUUGAAUCCUGAUAAAGUAUAGGUGUGUGAUGAGUGUCAAACUGUUCAGAACCACCCUGGUCUGGGUUUGUGCAGGAGCUGUACUUUAAAGAGCUGAGAGACAUCUAGAGAACUUCAGUAUGAAACUGGGAGUUGCCUGAGUUUUCUACUCUGAGGCACUCAAAAAGCCACUGCAUGCUUAAGACAAAGUGAAUACUUUUUUUGCAAAUAAUUUUCAAUAAUUCUUAUCACUAGAAAAUACUAGCACAUUUCAGUCUUUGACCAGGCAGUACAGAAGAGCCUGCCUUUUCAGAUGCAAGUGAAGCAGAAGUCUGGGACAUAGUGCUGGCUGCGUUCAGUAAAAACUAUGAAGCAUUUGUACCACCAUGAGGAUAUUGGAGGAACAAACUAUUUAUGAAGAGCAGAUUUAUUUGAGCACAGGGUUUUAACGGUAGAAUUCUGAGUGGGAUAGAAGAUGAACUCAGCUGAAUUCACUGAGGAUGAUGAAGUAAAAAAUAUUAAAAAAAAUAUUGUCAAAGUAGAAACGGAAAAUGAAGAUGAAGCACUAGACUGCUCCGUGGCAUCCAGACCUUUUGAGAAACAGCCCCUGGAUGGCUCAGUUACAUGCCUACAGGACUCCAACAAAAGGAAACAGACCUCUCUUGGCAGUGAUGGUUCCGGGAAUCAGCAAGACGCUUUACCCAGUGUGAAGAAAAGGCGCUUUACCCAAGAGGGCCUCCUGUCAAACGUGAAAAACAGAGAUACUGGGUCACCCACUCAGGCAAAUGUAGAACAGUCUAACAAGAACAAGAAUCCCAGUAUAACAUGGCUUUGUGAAGAGGACACUUUCAGUGACAUCACCACUCCAUCCUACAAGAAACCUCUGUAUGGCAUCUCUCACAAAAUUACAGAAAAAAAGAACCCACCAGGGGGAGAGCAGUUUGCUUCCUAUGAACUGUAUGAAAAGAUUAGUCCUAGCAGCCCAUCACAUCUUCGUAAUGAUCAUCGCAAAAGGGACUCUGGGAAUACCAUGGUUGUGACACCUGCCAGCACAGAUUCUGAUCCAAAUGUAUAUUCCUUGAUACAAAAAAUGUUUUACACACUCAACACCCUGAAUUCCAACAUGACUCAGCUUCACAGUAAAGUUGACCUCUUGUCUCUUGAGGUCAACAGAAUUAAAAAACAAGUCAGCCCGACAGAGUCUGUAGCAGAGUUCAAGCCUCCCCCUGAGUACCAAUUGACUGCCACGGAGCUGAAACAAAUCAUGGAUCAAAGCACAUCAGGUGGAGACUUGGCUUGUCGCUUACUUGUGCAGCUUUUCCCAGAGCUCUUCAGCGAUGAUGAGUUCAACAGGAGUUGCAGUGCAUGCGGCUUCCUUAACAAAAAGAAACUUGAAUCACUUCAUCUGCAACUUAUCCGGAACUACGUGGAAGUUUGUUACCCUUCUGUAAAGAAUACUGCUGUCUGGCAACUGGAGUGUUUGCCACAACUCAAUGAUUUUUUCAGUAGGUUUUGGGCUCAAAGGGAGAUGGAAAAUAAUCAGCAGAGUGUGCAGUCCUCCAGUUUUUAUGAGGCUGACCAGGUGGAUUCCUCUCAUUUCAUUGAGGAUAAAGAGCAGGAGGAAGCUUUGUCACUGGACAGGAGUAGUGUAAUUGGCUCAGAUUAUAUUCUGGAUGCUCAAGAUCUCAAUGAGUUUUUAGAUGAAGCUUCCACGCCAGGGGAAUUUUCUGUGUUUUUGUUGCACCGAUUGUUUCCUGAGCUCUUUGACCACAGGAAGCUUGGUGAAAGGUAUAGCUGCUAUGGAGAUUCAGGAAAGGAACAGCUGGAUCCUUCUCGGCUUCAGAUAAUCCGCAGGUACACAGAAAUAUACUUUCCUGAUGUGCAAGAGGAGGAAGCCUGGUUGCAACAGUGUGUCCAACGAAUAAAUGAAGAACUCGAAAGCAUGUACAUGGAUGGGAGUGAGUGUGAACAGAUGAGAGAAGAUUGCUACGAUUCCUCUAGUUUGCCAGAUGAUGUAUCUAUCAUAAAAGUGGAGGACAGUUUUGACUAUGAAAGGCCAGGAAGAAGAUCAAAAAAAAUUUGGCUUGUGCCAAUAGAUUUUGAUAAACUUGACUUCCCCCCUCCUGAUUUUGAUGUUCCUGUUCCAGAUUAUUUGUUGAACAAGGAACAGAUUAAAAAUAUAUAUGAAAGCAGUCUCUCCAUAGGCAACUUUGCUUCUCGACUGCUUGUACAUUUAUUUCCUGAACUGUUUACUCAUGAAAACUUAAGGAAGCAAUACAACUGUAGUGGCUCUCUAGGCAAGAAACAACUUGAUCCCGCUAGGAUUAAGUUAAUUCGACACUAUGUGCAAAUACUGUACCCAAGAGCAAAGAAUGAUAGAGUGUGGACGUUGGAAUUUGUUGGGAAGCUUGAUGAGAGAUGUCGACGCAGAGAUACUGAACAGAGACGUACAUACCAGCAGCAGCGGAAAGUCCAUGUGCCAGGGCCAGAGAGAAGAGAAUUUCUUAGCUAUGCAAUAAACCCAGAAAGAUUCAGAGAAGAGUUUGAAGGACCACCACUGCCUCCAGAAAGAAGCAGCAAGGAUUUUUGCAAGAUACCACUGGAUGAACUUGUUGUUCCAACUCCAGACUUCCCCGUGCCUUCUCUGUAUCUGCUGUCUGAUAAGGAGGUAAGAGAGAUCGUACAGCAGAGCCUUUCAGUCGGCAACUUUGCUGCCAGGCUUCUAGUAAGACUUUUUCCAGAGCUGUUUACUCCAGAGAAUCUCAGACUGCAAUAUAACCAUUCAGGUGCUUGUAACAAAAAACAGCUUGAUCCCAUUAGACUGAGACUGAUCCGCCAUUACGUUGAAGCUGUUUACCCCGUGGAGAAAAUGGAAGAAGUAUGGCACUAUGAAUGUAUACCAAGCAUUGAUGAAAGAUGCCGACGUCCCAACAGGAAAAAGUGUGAUAUACUGAAAAAAGCCAAGAAAGCAAAAAAGUGACAAGCCCUUUUAAAUUCCCAAGACUUUGACCACUAAAUUAUUUGUGAGGAGCAUGCUUUGCUUUAGACUUGGCAACUGUUCUCACAAUGGGAGCUGAGGGCACUCAGCACCUGAAAGACUAGGCACUCAGAUUGUUGCUUUUUAACUUGUGUGCUGCAUAUACAAGGGCACUGCAGCAGUGGGAAGUGGCUAACUACAUUUGUACAUGGUGAAGACCAUGAAUCACCAGUGAUAAAGCCAUUAAUGACUCAUUAAGAGCACAACAUUUUGGCUGGAACAAAACAUGUAUUAAAAUUGUGUUAUUCCACUCCCCACUUUUGCACCUUCCUUUUUAUCGCUUUUUAAUAAUAAAUCUUUUUUUUUUUUUUUAAUCGUGCUCUUCAGGGGCAGUUUUUCAUUAAACACUUGUACGCAGUUAAAGUUAAAUAAUUUGGCAUUUGGAAUCUGAAUUUUAUUUAAACCUGCAAACUUUAUAGUUUCUGAAAGUGCCAUGUUCACUGAAAAUUAUUGGAACAUCAAACUGUUUCUACAGUAAUUACAGCUAUGCCUUUGUUUUGUCCUUGCUGAUAUUGGGAUACUGAAAGUAAUACCACAGCAUCAAAGAAUGGGUCAGAAUGGUUUAAUGUCCUUUUUUACUGUUACCCACAUUUUAUUUCUAUUUGUUAUAGGAACUGAGACUUAAUCCCAGGCACUCAGCACAAAUGUACAUUUACAUUUUGACCCUAUGCCUGAAUUUGUACCCUUACUCACGUGAUUUAUUGUAUUGCCUUCAUGGUGACUGCAGGUCUGAAUAAGUUCUGCUUGUCCAAGUAAAGGGUGCAGAAUAGAAUCCAAAUCUUCACCAGUAGAAUGUGUUGCCAUUGCUUGUUAGUCUCUUUGUUAGAAAAAUACUUGAAACACGGAAUGAAGGGAGACAUCUUAGUCCUUAUUCUUCAUCAGAAUCAUGAUUCCAAAGGUUUCCAGCAUUAAAUAUUACACAAAGAAAGAUCUGAUUCUGUAAUGCAAUUAAAUGCUGCAAGGUCCUCACCUGUGAGGUGUGUCGAUUUAACCCAUUGUUUGUAAAUGCAGCACAGCCUGAAUACUCCAAAGGUCAUAGGGGUAUUGAAAUUCCUUCAAUUAUCCAAGCUUAUUUAGUGUAAUAAAUAGCUGUUUGGAGAGGUAAUCUUGUAUGUAUAACAGGUUCAGAGGACUGAGAUUGCAUUAAAAACAGAGCCUGGUUUUUCUGUUAUUUAUACUGAUGAAAAGCAGAAGGAAUUCCACUGCUGAAAUGAAGAGAAUCAAGCCUCCAGGUGGGUGUUAGUAAGGACAGUGAUCACUUAAGACUGACCAUCCCUAGAACACUUUGAGUUUUAGUUAAUGUUCUUUGUGUUCCUCCUUUGGCAUUUAUCAAGAUGGGUUAUAGUAUCAAAUUAGAAGUAAGCCCCACUGUAAAUUUAUAUUUUAGACUUUGUAAAAAAUACUUGAUAUUUUUACUUCAGAUUUUUAGAAUUUAUUGUUCUUAGAAUCAUGUUGACACCUUUCUUUAAUUUUUCCCCUAAAGGCAAAAGAUAGCAAAGUUACAUUAUGUUAAAGUUACGUUAUGUAAGUCACAUGAGCUAGUAGUGGUCACUCAUUUUUCCCAUUGUGAUAGCAGAAUCCUCAAAGAAUGUAUGAAGAGAGUCUUGAAUGUACUAAGUAAUACACUAAUACUGUUAAAAUUCACUUGUUUCUUCCUCUUGGCAUAAAUAAUAGCAGACCAUGCACAAAAUGGAUAUCAGAGCAAAUGUGGCUAUAAAUAAAAUGAAAACAUUUUACCAAAGAUUAUGAACUGAUACCAUGAUGUGUGCAUCUUACCUUUCAGAUUAGUGCAUAUUUUUAGCACCUGAAUGUAGUGGAACCUCAAAGUUUUGGGUUUUUUUUACAAUCGUGUGUUAACUAGCACCUCUAUGUGAACUUUUCUACAUGCACUUUUAUGGGCUACAUAAAAUGUCAUGAAAAGAAUGAAGGUCUUUUUUUAAUUUACUGUUGAAAACGGCUUGCAUUUAUCCUGCAGCCCAAAAAGGUAAGGGUUGUAAUAUGCAGAUUCUCUUUAUAAUUUAUUUGUACUUAUUUUAAUGUCACAUUUGUUUCACUGAUAUGUAACAGCAAACCCCACAUAAGGAUUCAGCAUAUCACACAGUUAGGAAAGAGAUGAUGAGAACUGACAGAUGUUUCUAUCCAGUAUGAAAACUGAAAAUGUUUUGAUAUUCAUUAUACGUUACUAAGUCAUUUUCUUGUUAAAUCAGUCAGAUGAAACUAUUCAUAUGAUACACUAAUAGUUUAGGAAUGGAUUUUGUCCUUAAAACAUUAUCACCAAAAGUGAGCAUGCAGCAAGAACCUGGUUGCAUUUCCUUUUAUAUUACAUACAUGUUAUACACUCCUCUAAUCUGAUUGUCCAAAAUCCUUUUAUGAUCCAACUUGCUUUCAAAUAGCUGUUUUUUAUAAAUGAUAUUAAGUCAACACAAGCACAUUUAAAACAACAGUAAGAUUGCCAAAGGAAACUUCUUUGAGGUGCAAAUUCAUCCAACUGGUCAGUUUUAAAAAUGGAGUAAUUAUAUGUAUCAAUUACUGUUAUGAGAGAGUAAAGUUAGCUAUGAACAAUUACAUGAAUAGUAACUUCUUUUUUUGUUUAGUUUGUCUAAGAUUUGUUACUAAGUUCUGGAUUGUCAUUUACCUGUUGAAUGAAUAAGCAGGGACAGCUUGAUUUGCUGUAACUAUUAUGACAUCCUCUCUCUUUUAGAAUGUAACUUUAAAAAGAAAAACUGGUUGUUUUGAAAAUGAGGCAGUAAAUAAGAAAUUUCUAAGUAUUAACUGAAAAAAACUCAAAACAAAUGUAAUCAUAUACACACUGACUUCAUAAUAGGUGAAUAUUAUUUUACCCAUCAGGUCAACAAAUCCUGUUCAGAAGAAUAUUGAGUAUCACUGCUUGCUUAUUAUAACUGAAACAUUUCAUUGUGAUAAGGACUGAAUAAUUCACUCUCCUUUGAAGACCCUCAAGGAAACAGCAUAACAUUUCUUGGCUCUAUUUGCCGGGGUGGUGGUGUUUUUCCCAAUACAAAAGAAUAUGGAACUGCUUUUAGCAUCUCACCCAUUUCACACAAAUGAAAACUCAGGAGCUUUGCAAGAACUUUUAAUGUGUGUAAUCUUUUGUGAAAUGUAAAGAAGUUAGAGCUAUCUAGCAGCCAUCUUUAGCAGGGAAAGUCAAAUAGCAUCUUACUUUCAAAAGUGAAAAAUAACCCUUGUUUGAAAUGAUUGCAUUUGGUUACUCUUAUAGGUCAGCUGUAACCCUAAUCAAUUUGUUACAAUUUUGUACUUUUCAGUAAUAAAAAUUACUUUCUCUCGCUUCUUAGCAAA